CUUCUAAGCAAAAUUCCAUCAAACAUCCAAAGCGAAUUCUCAAGCAGAACAUCUCUACUCGUCCUUUAUACGCGGUCGUGAAGAAGACAAAAGCUUGUCACAAAACAUGAAGGUAUGUAUUUGUGUACUCAAGAAACAAGUAAUAACUUGUAUACUAUUGUGAAAGAGAGAGACACUUCUAUAGAGAUGUUAAAGAGGUUUUCUUACUGUAUGCAGCAAAAGAUCCUGCUAAGAGUUGCUAUGACUGAUGACAAAACCCGAGCAAAAGCACUGACAACUGCUGUUCGGUUUAAAGGCGUGAACGCUGUGGAAAUAAAGGGAGAUCACAGGAACCAGGUUGAGGUGACCGGUGUUGAAGUCGAUAUGAUCGUUCUAAUCAACACACUGAGGAAAAAAGUAGCAUUUGCAGAGCUUGUUAGCGUAGCGAAAGUUGAACCACCAAAAGAUGGUGACAAAAAGCCAGAUGAGAAGAAAACUGAAGAGAAAAAACCCGAGCCAUGCUGUCAACCAUGGCAUUAUGGAUAUGGUGUGCCAUCUUCCUAUUACUGCCCAUGUGACAAAAAGCCGGAUAAGAAGGAAACUGAAGAGAAAAAACCCGAGCCAUGCUAUCAACCAUGGCCUUAUGGAUAUGGUGUGCCAUCUUCCUAUCCUUACCCGUGUGAUCCUUACCAUCAGACUGGGGAACCCGUAUACAAUCAUGAUCCCAACUGCAGGAUCAUGUGAGAUAGGUUUCAUGUGGAAGACUAAC